UGUAGCCGGGUACGUUAAGUUUAUCUCGGUAGCGCCAUUUUGUCUUUUGAUCUUUGAAUCUUGUACGUAGAAGAUGUCUGAAAACGUGAAAGAAGAAGUUUUCGCUCCUGAAGCGGUUAAAAAUGAAAACAGAGAUAAUCGUCGACGGGACAAUAGGCAAGGAAGACAAAUGGGACGUGGACAAGCUAAUGACAAUAAUCAAUGGGCUAGAAAAGAUGUAGUAAAAGAAAGGUUGGAGUUCAUGAGUGGCCCCACUACCAAUUUAGUUAGUAAAGAAAAUGUUUCUGCAAAGAAGUUUACUGGUCGCUGUCGUUUAUUCGUUGGAAAUUUACCUCCUUCUAUUACAGAUGAAGAAUUCCGUAAAAUGUUUGAGCAGUUUGGCGAAAUUGCUGAAGUGUUUCUACAUAAACAAAAGGGUUUUGGCUUUGUAAAAUUGGAUACUCGUCAGAAUGCUGAAAAUGCGAAAGCGGCAUUGGAUUUCACCAAUAAAGAUGGAAAGUCUCUGAGAGUUAGAUUUGCAACUCAUGGGGCAGCCUUGAAGGUGAAAAAUCUCUCACCGUGGGUGUCAAAUGAGCUUUUAGAAGCUUCAUUUGCAAUAUUUGGUGAAGUCGAGAGAGCUGUCGUAAUCGUUGAUGACCGUGGAAGGCCUGUGGGAGAAGGAAUUGUUGAAUAUUCUCGCAAACAGUCAGCACAGAUGGCAAUUAAGCGAUGUACAGAAGGGUGUCUUCUGCUCACAAGGCAAUCGAUACAAGGUCUUGGAUCCUUCCCUGCAACUUCUACUAAAAUCAUAGGAUAA